AUGGCAGCAAGUGAAUACACUGUGAUGACGGCUCAUUUCCAUCUGAAGAGGAAGAUUGGUUACUUUGUUAUCCAGACAUACCUCCCGUGCAUCAUGACAGUCAUCCUUUCCCAAGUGUCUUUCUGGUUGAAUAGAGAAUCAGUGCCAGCCAGGACUGUGUUUGGUGUAACCACUGUUCUCACAAUGACAACACUGAGUAUCAGUGCAAGGAACUCACUUCCCAAGGUUGCCUACGCCACUGCCAUGGACUGGUUCAUCGCCGUCUGCUACGCCUUUGUCUUCUCCGCUUUGAUCGAGUUUGCCACUGUGAAUUACUUCACAAAGCGCGGCUGGGCUUGGGAUGGAAAGAGUAUUGUGACUGAAAAGAAAAAAGAGAGGGCUUCUAUCGCCAAGAAGAAUAAUGCCUACGCUGUAGCAGUGGCCAACUACGCGCCAAACAUCGCCAAGGACUCCAGCACACUUCCAACUAUCGCUAAAGGUGGAUCUAUGGAUCCUAACAAGCCUAGAGCAGACGGCAAAGCACCAGAUAGCAAGAAGACAUUCAACAGCGUUAGCAAAAUAGACAGGAUGUCAAGGGUUCUGUUUCCGGUUCUCUUUAGUAGCUUCAACGUUGUGUACUGGGCGACCUACUUAAGCAGAGAACCCGAUAUAAAGGACAUGGUCCCCUCCACUUAGAGGCCAGUUGUAGUGCAUUCUGGUCUGGGGUCCAAGAGACGAACCAAAUACCUCCAGCAACUGUGUACAUAUACCUUUGCAGAGUGAAGUCCUGGAUUGCAGUGUGAUCCUCUAUCUCCGCCUGUUUUCUACACUGUCUGCAGCACUUUUGAAAAGCCCGGCUUUUGUAAAUGUGUAUGCAUAUUUAUAUUCAUGGUUUCAUGGUGACAUAUCGUGUGGUUACUUCUAUUAGAGUGCAUAUUACCUUGAAAGUAUGUUUCCAGUUACAGUAUGUGGCCACUGUACAUACAACUCAAAUGAAGAGUAAACAAAUAAACGUGAACACAUACAUUUUAUUUACUUCUAAUGUGUUGAAGUUUGCUGGUAAUGCCCACUCUCUCAAUAUUAUAGAUUUUGUUUCUCUUUUGAGUGAAAGGAUUUUUAUCACAUUUAAUUACUUUCUUUGCCAUCUAAGAGUGGCCUGACUCUUUUUUUUUCAAAGCCAAUGCAAAAACACAUUUUGUAUAAUAUUGUUACAGUGUCAAAGUUGUUUUAUUAUCUGUGACUGCAAUCACACUCUGACCUCCAGAGUUAUUGAAACACCUCAAGCCAAAAAUGUUGUUAAAUAUAGAAAAUGCAUAACAUUAGUGUGCUUGUGUGGUAUUGUGAAAAAGUAAUGAGAAUACAUUGGGUAGGAAAGAAACAAUCGAGAAACAAUCAAACAAGAAACAGAACUACAAAACACACAUAGUGUUGAGGUGUUAAGAGAAAAAACUCAAGCGUUAGGUCAGUAAUGCCUAAAAUAAAGUCACUAUGUUUUUAUUCAGCGCAAAUUAAGGAAGCUGAUAUUCAGUCAAAAUAAAUUCAGAAUGAAACAACGUUUGUUUUAUAUGUUUACACACUAAUUGUAUGAGGUUAAGUUUUGUUAGCCCUGGCAGAGUUUAAGAAUAAUGAAAAGGAUUUAUUUUUAACCUGAAUUAAACUAUAUAGCCUAACUUAAAAACAUUAUGAGCAAUACCUGGCCUAAUGAUAGGAGUCUAUGAACUGUAUCAGGGAUUUGAUAUGCAACAGCAACAUCAUGGACUAAAAUAACCUUCAGAAUCUAAAUGUAUUUAUCAAUGUUUGACCGCUAGAAGAAAAAUAAAAGAACACAAUAAAGAGCUGACAGAAACACAUCCCCCUAUUAUCAAACAAAGUGCCAAAAAACAGACACACAGCAACAUUAUCAUCACAUUGGACCUUUACAUCUUACAAAUGUAAGUCCAGUAUUCACUCUUCGUUUAGCUCUAUUUUGGUCUCCUACAACUCCUGAUGCAAAUAACUGGGACUUUAGCAUUUCAUUUGUCUGACUUUCUUCCCCAGCCAGCCGUAGCUAACCUUGUCAGAUUGACAAUUGGUACUGUUGAUAGUUGAUUUACAGAAUACAGUAAAUGUAGAGAUUUCAAACCAAGAAAAAAAGAGCUACAAAAGGCUAAAAAGCAACUUGAGCGCUGCUGAGCGUGACCAAAAUGUUCUGUAGGUACGUCCUCUCAACUUAUCGCAGACAUGAUGAUUAGUUCUUUAUAAAAGGAUUAACGCCACAACAAUAAUAAAAGUACAGAUAAUAAUUCAUUGCUAAAUGUGCAAAGAAUUUAAGAGAUUGCAAAUAAGAAACAUGAACAAAAGAGGUGUUGCUGCACAAGCACACUAAUACAGACCAUUAUUUACUUUUUAAAUGAUUUAUUUACCAAGGUUAAAAAUCCAAAUUCUAAUUUUGAUGUGUUAUUUGAAUGCAUACAAACUCCUCAGUGUGAAAUGUGAAAAAGUCCCAUGACUCAUUUAAAAUGAUUAUAUGGCUGCUUUUUUGUUGACAGACCCGUGCUGGAAGUAACUCUGGAGGACAGUGUGGAUGAAUUGGUGUAGACUAGAGCCCCGUGGCACUACUUAUCAGCAUGUCUGCCAUCUUUCAUAUCCAUUGUCUGUCCCUUCACAACAUUUCAUGAUCACACAAGCUAUUCAAACAAAUUGCAGGGAUAAAACAGCAAACACGGGCCUGUUUUGUGCCAAAAUCAACCCCCAUCAAUCGUUUGUAGAAGAUAGUCACAUUCUUAUACCAGUAUUUAUUAUUUUUAAUUUGCCUAAAGUGAGAAAAUACAGCCAGGUUUUGGGACUCAAUUAUUUAUUUUCUCAUAAAAUGGUCUUAGAUUUGUAGCUUGAUCUUGUAUUUGUAUGCAGAUUGAUUGUCACUAAAACUUUGAAUUAACUCAGAAGCCAUACAGUCAUCAUGUAAUCCAAUUCCAUCAGCAACAAUACAACAGGGACAACCAAUGAUUGUACUUUAUGAGCAUAUGACACUGUGGUAAAAAAAAGAUGUAUAAACCUAUUUUGAAGAUAUCACAGAUGCUGUAUAUCAAGAAGACAAAUCGUGUAUCAAGCCCCAUAUCAGCAGCCAUAAGCAGUAUGGUACUCUACUGUAAGUUUUUCCUCAUAAAGUGAUAUUUUGCUUCACACCUAUAUUUAUUUUGUUUUUGUUUGUUGACUCAAACUUUGCAUGAAGAAAAAAAACCUAGCUUUUUUAUUUAUUUUUAAGAAAUUAUGUUGUCAGUUAGAAAUUAUUUUUAAUUCAAAUUCCACAUCCUGAUAGAAUCUUAAACAUUCCAGAUAAAAUGAUUGUUCAAGAUGUGGAUGCUUGAUUCGGUGCACAGUUUCUAA